CUCAAUGUAUUUCCCCCUCAUGAAUGGCGAUCCACCCUUAGAGAACAUUACGAGUGCAAAGACUUUCUGCACCAUACCUCUUCAUCGUCCUAAGUAAGGCUUAGGCAGAUAUCCAUAAUUCUUGCCUACAACGGAAGGGAACCCUACCCCACCUUAACCAAGUUCCUCAUAGCUGCUCUACUACAAUCGCCGUGUUGCCUUUCGCGAGCACUAUCCUCCACCCCAUUCGCGGCUGGCUAAGUUCUCCCGUGGGAACGAGGGGUUUCAAGAUGGCCUGGCGCAGCUCAGGACCCACAAACGAGGCGCUUAUCUCAAACCUCAAAAACCAUGGCCUCAUUGAAUCUGAUAGAGUGAAGAAUGCCAUGCUAAAGGUUGAUCGUGCUCAUUAUGCUCCAUCGUCACCCUACGAGGACUCUCCUCAACCUAUCGGUCAUCGGGCGACUAUCUCUGCCCCGCACAUGCAUGCUUCAGCAUGUGAGUCCCUUCUUCCUUACCUUCACCCCGGGGCGAAGGUGUUAGACAUUGGGUCCGGUAGUGGGUAUCUCACGGCUGUUCUCGCUGAGCUUGUGUCACCAAAUGGAACGACCAUUGGGGUAGAUCAUAUUCAACCUCUAGUGGAUCUUGCAUCUUCCAACAUGCGAAAGUCGGAUCACGGCAAGUCUCUCCUUGAAUCGGGGCGAGUGAAGUUUGUCAAGGCGGAUGGUCGGAAGGGGUGGAACGAAGGUGCUCCAUACGAUGCCAUACAUGUCGGUGCAGCAGCCGCAGAGCAUCACCAAGAGUUGACAGACCAAUUGAAGGCCCCGGGCCGGCUCUUUGUACCAGUGGAGGAGGAAUGGUCGCAACACAUCUACGUUAUUGAUAAGAAAGAGGAUGGAACUGUGGAAAGGAAGAAACUCUUCGGCGUGCAGUAUGUGCCAUUGACGGAUGCCCCACCAGAACAGUGAUGGCAAGGCCGUGUAACGAAUCGAAGCUUUUCCAAGAGAGUAACACAGCCCAUGAAUGCUCCACUGAGACACCCAGUUGUGGCCAAAUGAUAAUUUGAACUAUACAAACAAUCGAAAAGUUGGGUUAGGACUCUGUUCGGACAUCUUUUGCUUGGUUAGGCAAGUAGGAGUGAUUAUCAAAGAAUGGAUUCUAUAUACAUCAAACACAUGGCCGAUUUGUAGCACGAAUACCUUGAUUACAUACUACCAUGAAUAAAGCUACUCUCAUCCAAAG